CAUAAUAGUGUUCAUGUGAUGCACGUGAUCAAGCCGGCAGUCAUGUGAUUAUUUUUUCCACGGAUCAAAUUGUACACUGUCAACUUUUUCUCCAAACGAAGCACAUCAGAAUUGCAAGAUGGGGUGUAGGGACAUUCUGCUGUGCAGUUGCAUUGUGGGACUUUUGGGAGCAGCAGUUUCCCAGAAGCUGUUUUUCAAGUCAUUCAAAGACCUCAAUAUAGCCCAGGAUAAACAAAGAACUGUUUACAAGCAUGAGCCAAAUCGGCUUUUUACUUCAGUAGAAAAUCUAAGGAAACAUCUGGGUAACGGAGGGCAGCAGUGUCAGGACAACAGAACAUCGUGCCCGGACACAGCCACCUGCUGUCAGACAUCUUUCUCAACAUUCGGUUGCUGCACCCUGGAAAAUGCGGUAUGCUGCCAGGACAUGAGGCACUGCUGUCCUCAGGGUUUGAAGUGUGAUCUGCAGCGCCAGGCGUGCAUUAACAGCGAUACCACCAUCCUUUGGGCAGAAAAACCAGAUACAACCAUACUUACCUAUGUGGAAGAUACAGAAGCAGUGAAAUGUGAUGAAAGCCAUGAAUGCCCUACUGGAAACACCUGCUGUAAACUGGACUCAGGUGAAUGGGGCUGUUGUCCACUCCCCAAAGCAGUCUGCUGUGAUGACCAUGUCCACUGUUGUCCAGAGAACACAAAGUGUGAUGUGAGUGCAGGCAAGUGUAACCGUGGAAACCAAGUGCUAGACUGGUUUGUGAAAUCUCCAGCCAAGACCCUGGAAGCAGUGAAAUGUGAUGCAAGCCAUGAAUGCCCAACUGGAAACACCUGCUGUAAACUGGAUUCAGGUGAAUGGGGCUGUUGUCCACUCCCAAAAGCAGUUUGCUGUGAUGACCAUGUCCACUGUUGUCCAGAGAACACAAAGUGUGAUGUGAGUGCAGGCAAAUGUAACCGUGGAAAUGAAAUACUAGACUGGUUUGUGAAAUCUUCAGCCAAGACCCUGAAAGCAGUGAAAUGUGAUGAAAGCCAUGAAUGCCCUACUGGAAACACCUGCUGUAAACUGGACUCAGGUGAAUGGGGCUGUUGUCCACUCCCAAAAGCAGUCUGCUGUGAUGACCAUGUCCACUGUUGUCCAGAGAACACAAAGUGUGAUGUGAGUGCAGGCAAGUGUAAUCGUGGAAACCAAGUGCUAGACUGGUUUGUAAAAUCUCCAGCCAAGACCCUGGAAGCAGUGAAAUGUGAUGAAAGCCAUGAAUGCCCUACAGGAAAUACCUGCUGUAAACUGGACUCAGGUGAAUGGGGCUGUUGUCCACUCCCUAAAGCAGUCUGCUGUGAUGACCAUGUACACUGUUGUCCAGAGAACACAAAGUGUGAUGUGAGUGCAGGCAAGUGUAACCGUGGAAACCAAGUCCUAGACUGGUUUGUGAAAUCUCCAGCCAAGGCCCUGGAAGCAGUGAAGUGUGAUGCAAGCCAUGAAUGCCCUACUGGAAACACCUGCUGUAAACUGGACUCGGGGGAAUGGGGCUGUUGUCCACUCCCCAAAGCAGUCUGCUGUGAUGACCAUGUCCACUGUUGUCCAGAGAACACAAAGUGUGAUGUGAGUGCAGGCAAGUGUAACCGUGGAAACCAAGUGCUAGACUGGUUUGUGAAAUCUCCAGCCAAGACCCUGGGAGCAGUGAAAUGUGAUGAAAGCCAUGAAUGCCCUACUGGAAACACCUGCUGUAAACUGGACUCAGGUGAAUGGGGCUGUUGUCCACUCCCAAAAGCAGUCUGCUGUGAUGACCAUGUCCACUGUUGUCCAGAGAACACAAAGUGUGAUGUGAGUGCAGGCAAGUGUAACCGUGGAAACCAAAUGCUAGACUGGUUUGUGAAAUCUCCAGCCAAGACCCUGGAAGCAGUGAAAUGUGAUGAAAGCCAUGAAUGCCCUACUGGAAACACCUGCUGUAAACUGGACUCAGGUGAAUGGGGCUGUUGUCCACUCCCAAAAGCAGUCUGCUGUGAUGACCAUGUCCACUGUUGUCCAGAGAACACAAAGUGUGAUGUGAGUGCAGGCAAGUGUAACCGUGGAAACCAAAUGCUAGACUGGUUUGUGAAAUCUCCAGCCAAGACCCUGGAAGCAGUGAAAUGUGAUGAAAGCCAUGAAUGCCCUACUGGAAACACCUGCUGUAAACUGGACUCAGGUGAAUGGGGCUGUUGUCCACUUCCCAAAGCAGUCUGCUGUGAUGACCAUGUCCACUGUUGUCCAGAGAACACAAAGUGUGAUGUGAGUGCAGGCAAGUGUAAUCGUGGAAACCAAAUGCUAGAAUGGUUUGUGAAAACUCCAGCAAAGACCCUGGAAGCAGUGAAAUGUGAUGAAAGCCAUGAAUGCCCUACUGGAAACACCUGCUGUAAACUGGACUCAGGUGAAUGGGGCUGUUGUCCACUCCCCAAAGCAGUCUGCUGUGAUGACCAUGUCCACUGUUGUCCAGAAAAUACCAAGUGUGAUGUGAGUGCAGGCAAGUGUAACCGUGGAAACCAAGUGCUAGACUGGUUUGUGAAAUCUCCAGCCAAGACCCUGGGAGCAGUGAAAUGUGAUGAAAGCCAUGAAUGCCCUACUGGAAACACCUGCUGUAAACUGGACUCAGGUGAAUGGGGCUGUUGUCCACUCCCCAAAGCAGUUUGCUGUGAUGACCAUGUCCACUGUUGUCCAGAGAACACAAAGUGUGAUGUGAGUGCAGGCAAGUGUAACCGUGGAAACCAAGUGCUAGACUGGUUUGUGAAAUCUCCAGCCAAGACCCUGGGAGCAGUGAAAUGCGAUGAAAGCCAUGAAUGCCCUUCUGGAAACACCUGCUGUAAACUGGACUCAGGUGAAUGGGGCUGUUGUCCACUCCCUAAAGCAGUCUGCUGUGAUGACCAUGUCCACUGUUGUCCAGAGAACACAAAGUGUGAUGUGAGUGCAGGCAAGUGUAACCGUGGAAACCAAGUGCUAGACUGGUUUGUGAAAUCUCCAGCCAAGACCCUGGAAGCAGUGAAAUGUGAUGAAAGCCAUGAAUGCCCUACUGGAAACACCUGCUGUAAACUGGACUCGGGUGAAUGGGGCUGUUGUCCACUCCCCAAAGCAGUCUGCUGUGAUGACCAUGUCCACUGUUGUCCAGAGAACACAAAGUGUGAUGUGAGUGCAGGCAAGUGUAACCGUGGAAACCAAGUGCUAGACUGGUUUGUGAAAUCUCCAGCCAAGACCCUGGGAGCAGUGAAAUGUGAUGAAAGCCAUGAAUGCCCUACUGGAAACACCUGCUGUAAACUGGACUCAGGUGAAUGGGGCUGUUGUCCACUCCCCAAAGCAGUCUGCUGUGAUGACCAUGUCCACUGUUGUCCAGAGAACACAAAGUGUGAUGUGAGUGCAGGCAAGUGUAACCGUGGAAACCAAGUGCUAGACUGGUUUGUGAAAUCUGCUGCCAAGACCCUGGGAGCAGUGAAAUGUGAUGAAAGCCAUGAAUGCCCUACUGGAAACACCUGCUGUAAACUGGACUCAGGUGAAUGGGGCUGUUGUCCACUUCCCAAAGCAGUCUGCUGUGAUGACCAUGUCCACUGUUGUCCAGAGAACACAAAGUGUGAUGUGAGUGCAGGCAAGUGUAAUCGUGGAAACCAAAUGCUAGAAUGGUUUGUGAAAACUCCAGCAAAGACCCUGGAAGCAGUGAAAUGUGAUGAAAGCCAUGAAUGCCCUACUGGAAACACCUGCUGUAAACUGGACUCAGGUGAAUGGGGCUGUUGUCCACUCCCUAAAGCAGUCUGCUGUGAUGACCAUGUCCACUGUUGUCCAGAAAAUACCAAGUGUGAUGUGAGUGCAGGCAAGUGUAACCGUGGAAACCAAGUGCUAGACUGGUUUGUGAAAUCUCCAGCCAAGACCCUGGGAGCAGUGAAAUGUGAUGAAAGCCAUGAAUGCCCUACUGGAAACACCUGCUGUAAACUGGACUCAGGUGAAUGGGGCUGUUGUCCACUCCCUAAAGCAGUUUGCUGUGAUGACCAUGUCCACUGUUGUCCAGAGAACACAAAGUGUGAUGUGAGUGCAGGCAAGUGUAACCGUGGAAACCAAGUGCUAGACUGGUUUGUGAAAUCUCCAGCCAAGACCCUGGGAGCAGUGAAAUGCGAUGAAAGCCAUGAAUGCCCUUCUGGAAACACCUGCUGUAAACUGGACUCAGGUGAAUGGGGCUGUUGUCCACUCCCUAAAGCAGUCUGCUGUGAUGACCAUGUCCACUGUUGUCCAGAGAACACAAAGUGUGAUGUGAGUGCAGGCAAGUGUAACCGUGGAAACCAAGUGCUAGACUGGUUUGUGAAAUCUCCAGCCAAGACCCUGGAAGCAGUGAAAUGUGAUGAAAGCCAUGAAUGCCCUACUGGAAACACCUGCUGUAAACUGGACUCGGGUGAAUGGGGCUGUUGUCCACUCCCAAAAGCAGUCUGCUGUGAUGACCAUGUCCACUGUUGUCCAGAGAACACAAAGUGUGAUGUGAGUGCAGGCAAGUGUAACCGUGGAAACCAAGUGCUAGACUGGUUUGUGAAAUCUCCAGCCAAGACCCUGGGAGCAGUGAAAUGUGAUGAAAGCCAUGAAUGCCCUACUGGAAACACCUGCUGUAAACUGGACUCAGGUGAAUGGGGCUGUUGUCCACUCCCCAAAGCAGUCUGCUGUGAUGACCAUGUCCACUGUUGUCCAGAGAACACAAAGUGUGAUGUGAGUGCAGGCAAGUGUAACCGUGGAAACCAAGUGCUAGACUGGUUUGUGAAAUCUGCUGCCAAGACCCUGGGAGCAGUGAAAUGUGAUGAAAGCCAUGAAUGCCCUACUGGAAACACCUGCUGUAAACUGGACUCAGGUGAAUGGGGCUGUUGUCCACUCCCCAAAGCAGUUUGCUGUGAUGACCAUGUCCACUGUUGUCCAGAGAACACAAAGUGUGAUGUGAGUGCAGGCAAGUGUAACCGUGGAAACCAAAUGCUAGACUGGUUUGUGAAAUCUUCAGCCAAGACCCUGGGAGCAGUGAAAUGCGAUGAAAGCCAUGAAUGCCCUUCUGGAAACACCUGCUGUAAACUGGACUCAGGUGAAUGGGGCUGUUGUCCACUUCCUAAAGCAGUCUGCUGUGAUGACCAUGUCCACUGUUGUCCAGAGAACACAAAGUGUGAUGUGAGUGCAGGCAAGUGUAACCGUGGAAAUCAAGUGCUAGACUGGUUUGUGAAAUCUCCAGCCAAGACCCUGGAAGCAGUGAAAUGUGAUGAAAGCCAUGAAUGCCCUACUGGAAACACCUGCUGUAAACUGGACUCGGGUGAAUGGGGCUGUUGUCCACUCCCCAAAGCAGUCUGCUGUGAUGACCAUGUCCACUGUUGUCCAGAGAACACAAAGUGUGAUGUGAGUGCAGGCAAGUGUAACCGUGGAAACCAAGUGCUAGACUGGUUUGUGAAAUCUCCAGCCAAGACCCUGGGAGCAGUGAAAUGUGAUGAAAGCCAUGAAUGCCCUACUGGAAACACCUGCUGUAAACUGGACUCAGGUGAAUGGGGCUGUUGUCCACUCCCCAAAGCAGUCUGCUGUGAUGACCAUGUCCACUGUUGUCCAGAGAACACAAAGUGUGAUGUGAGUGCUGGGAAGUGUAAUCGUGGAAAUCAAGUGCUAGACUGGUUUGUGAAAUCUCCAGCUAGAGUAAGUCUGACUGAUGUGAUAUGUCCUGAUGGCUCUGAGUGUCAAGAUGGAGAGACGUGCUGUCAAAUGAAUGGACAGACCAGCUCUUACGGUUGUUGUCCUUUACCAAAUGCUGUUUGCUGUGAUGAUGGUCAGCAUUGCUGUCCCCGUGGCUACAAAUGUAACCUGUCUGCCGGCAAAUGUGUGAGAGGGGUCUUUAGCUUCCCUCUGGUGCGGACAUUAACCCAUGCACCCAAACUUCACACCUUGACCAACGCUAAGAAAACUACAGCAAACCAUCACCUUGAAGGUGUAGUUGCUAUGAAACAAGCUUUUGAGGUCAAGGUCACUGAUGUCACUUGCCCAGAUGGAAAAUCUUGUCCUGCACAGUACUCGUGUUGUGAUAAUGGGCAAGGCAGUUUCAACUGUUGUCCAAUGCCAAAGGGCGUUUGCUGUGAUGACCAUGUGCACUGUUGUCCUCAUGGUUAUGUGUGUGCAGAAGACCCAGGGACGUGCCGUAUCCCAGGGCAACGGGGGGUAGUGUCCAACCUUCUCAAUAGGUUUAGAAUUCCUGGGGCACCACAUAGUUAACCACUGGCAGGUCAUGUUUGGUCCAGUGUGUGCUGAGGUACCAGAGAGAACCCCACAUUCUGUGCAUUUCUUGUCAAUAUUUGACAAUUAAACACUUACAAUUUUUAUAAGAUAUGUAUUUGCAAAUGGCGAUGGGAAAUUUUAAUUAUUUCAAGAUUUCUUUCAUCAUUUAAGAUAAUAAUAAUGACAUAUCAUGUUCAUUCUACAUGUAUCUGCUAUGUUAUUUUAAAUAUGAGUUAUAGAUUUGAAUUGUAGUGUUUUUGUUUAUUUAAAAAGCUACAUAUUUCACAUUAACAUAACUCCACAUUCCAGUAUAUGUUGUUAGUUUGUUUGUCAAUUAUUUAAUGAUAGUUACCAUUUAAGUCUUGUGUCAAGUGCUUAGGAAACAAACAAAUUACAGGACCUGUAUCCAAAAAACUUAUUGAUUAAAACUUUAUUUUUUUACUUUUUGUGCAUGAUCUUUGUAUUAAUAAGGUUGAUUUAUUAAUAUGGUUGAUUUCUUUUUUUACUGUCCUUUUUUGAAAAUCACAAGGUAUAUUAUUUAUUACAAUGUGUUUCUUUUUUGCUGUUUUAUUAGGAAAAACACCAUAAAGAGCAACUUUUUUAUUUUGGAUGGUGGGCUCAUUGCUUUGUAUGUUUUCUCCAAGUGUUUGAUAUUGUAUGUGAAUCCUUGGAUGAUUGAUUAUUCAGCAACCAUCUUUACCAUAAUUUCUGUAACUUAUUUUUGCUUCUUUUAACCAAAUGAUUAUCAGUCUUUAAAGAUAGCAUUGUUAAAGCAUUAUGUUGUACUGUUGCGAAUACAUUGCUCCAUACAUAAUUACCAUAGUUAUUUUAGCUUGCUUUAUGUAUACAUGUAAUAUUUUUUAAAGUGAUUAAUUAAUAUAGCUAAUUCAUAUGGUAUUUAAGCACUAUCGUCAUAAAAUGUAUUUUUUUAAGUAUUUAAUAUGUAUAUUUUUCUAUGUGUACGGUACCGGUAAUGAUGUUAACACAGGCUGCGUAUGUACUGCACUCCUACUCGUCAAUUAUGAAGUUUUAACAUUAUGGCAACUUGUGUAACAUAUCCUUGGAUACAUCUCCAUCAAAACCAUCGGUUUUUAUAGGUUUUUGUUUUGCACCAUUUAUGCCUAUUUUACCGAAUGGUCAUAUUUUUUCACAAACCUCACGUCUAUUCUAAAUUAUGAUUAUGGGGUGAAUUUAAUUCUAUUUCCAACGACAUAGAAUUGUUGUUAUAAACCGUCAUUUAAUCCAUUGAACUUUUAAUAAUCAUGGUAUCAUUGUAUUUUGAAAGGUUGUCAUAUACUUUUAAUCAAUAAGGUGUUGAUGCAUUUCAUCUGUAGACUUUAUGUUCCAUCCCACCUUCACAAUAACAACAAAUUGAAUAUGUAAAAUUAAGUCUAAAGAACAUCUUGCUUACCAAAAUAUUUAUGUAAAAAAAUCAUUAAAAUGUGACAAUAAAGAUCUGGUGUUAAUUAUUCCUUUUUUUUCUGUACAAGCCAUAACACUUGAUAUGGACUUAAUGAAUCAAGAACACCAAGCGUAUGGUACUGUGGGCAUUCUAAUCACACCAAGACCCGCCAAACGUAGAUAUUCAAAUGGUGUUUUUUGUUCUAAUGGAACAGUGUUUAUUGAAAAACAAUUUUUCUUUAUAAGACUUUGAUACCAGAUCCUUAUUAAUAGAAUUAUAUUUGGUUGACUGUGAAUUAAAUUAAUGCAUUUUAAGAUGACAAUUAAUAAGCUAUCGCUAUUAGGAAUUAUGUUGCCAUUUUUACAUUCAUGCAUCAACACUUUAUAUACUUUUUUUACUUUGUUGCAAUACUCAGUAAAGUUAUUUUACAUUAACAUAAACAUAUUUUUGCAAGUGAAACUGUGAUCACAUUUUUAGUUUCUUGUUAUAUUUUAAACAGAAUUACAGACGAGAUUAAUGUAUAGUCAUUAUAUGGUCUAUCAGUCAAUGUCAAAGUUAUAUCAAUGAACUGUUAAGUUAUUAGGUGCUCCCAUAAUUUGUUCAUAUCAAACAUUUACUGGUAGCAUGAACAGGGUGUAUCUGCAGAAUAUUGAGAGUCCACUGACUCUUAUAAACAAGUGAAAUACAAUCUUUCAAGAACGGGAAAUCAUAGAACUAGAAAAAUUUGCAAAAAUCAUGCCAUUAAUAAAAGGGUUUGUACAUAUUGAAAACGACAAAUUUAAAUCUAGAAUUCAAUAAAUUAUUUGACAAUAAAUAUAUAAAUUUAUCUUGUAAUGUUUAAAGAUAAGAAGUUAAAUGUAAUGACAAAUAACAAAUUAAAUAAGUUUGAAAAAAGCAGACGUGUAGUUAUGUAUGAUCUUGCCACUGCAAUACAUUUGAGUCGUGUUCUGAGAAAACUGGGCAUAAUGCAUGUGCAUAAAGUGUCAUCCCAGAUUAGCCUGUGUAGUCUGCACAGGCGAAUCAGGGACGACACUUUCCGCUUUUAUGACAUUUUUCGUUAAAAUGAACUCUCUUCUUAGCAAAAAUCCAAUUUAGGCAGAAAGUGUCGUCCCUGAUUAGCCUGUGCGGACUGCACAGGCUAAUCUGGGACAACACUUUACGCACAUGCAUUAUGCCCAGUUUUCUCAGAACACAACUCAUAUGAUCUUGCAGUGAAAAAUAAGUGCAACUACCUCAGGCAAUUAGUUGGACACUUGUUUACAUUUCUUUAUCAGAUCAUGCUAGUUACAGCCCUAUGUUAUUAUAUACAUUCGUUCAAGAAAUUCCAAUCAAUAGCAAAAUUAUGUACAUAUAUAAUUACAUGUACUCUCCCUCCCAGUCUAUAGUGUGCUCCUGGUUUUAUGUGUUUACUUACAAUUGAUUUCUGUUAACAAUAUUUAUGAUAAGCUGUUAAAAUCAGCCAUCAACAUUGUAUUCAUAUAUGUAUAUAUGCCUGUAUAUUUAACCAGGUUUUCCGAAGGAAAAAACUGGUUAUUAGAUUGGCGAAUGCGGGCGGGCUGGCUGGCUGGCUGGCGGGCGGGCGGAACAAGCUUGUCCGGGCAAUAACUAUGUCGUUCAUUGUCAGAUUUUAAAAUCAUUUGGCACAUUUGUUCACCAUCAUUGGAUGGUGUGUCGCGCGAAAUAAUUACGUCGAUAUCUCCAAGGUCAAGGUCACACUUUGAGUUCAAAGUUCAAAAAUGGCCAUAAAUGAGCUUGUCCUGGCCAUAACUAUGUCAUUCAUUGUGAGAUUUUAAAAUCAUUUGGCACAUUUGUUCACCAUCAUGGGACGGUGUGUCGUACAAAAGAAUCACGUCAAUAUCUCCAAUGUCAAGGUCACCACAACAGAUUUUUUUUAAAAACAAACUUACAAAGGGGGUUAAUUUUGUUUGUUCAUUUCAAAAGUUCAGUUUGAGUUUUCGCCCUUUAUCAGAGUUUUUUUUCACGAUGAAAACCUGGUUUUGUGACAAUUUUGUCCCUUGUUAUUUUUUGUUAACAUAAACAUCUUUUAUGUCGAUACAGAAUGUGUAUUUAAUUAAUGUUAGGCUGAUUAAAGUUCAAGUAGAAAUCUUUGCCAAUAUCUCACCUCCUACAAAAAGGACCUAAUCCGAUUGGCUUAAAGCGGUCACGUGCCCAUGGAGUAUUUUCCAUACACCACGAGUAAUUUCCAUACUACCCGAGUAAUUGAGUAGUCGGUUGAGAUAUAAUCGUUACACCGUAAGUAACUGACGGUGUAUGGGAUAUACACCUUCAGUGAGUUAAUACCAUACUCUAGCUUUGCUCUCGUAUGGUAUGAAAUUACUGAGGGUGUAUAUCCCAUACACCGUCAGUGACUAACGGUGUAACUAAUAAUACAUAAUACAGGGGAAAUUAUAUAUUUUGCAAAUGCAGUAUGAAACAGCUUUCAUAACUUCUGUUACAAACUGUUUAUUAUUUGUACAACAAAAAAUAAAUUGCCUUCAUCUGAGCACUAUGUAAUUCUUAUCCUUUUUCCAUUUUGUUUACAUAAUCGUGUUGUCAGGAACUGUUAUGAAAACAACGCAUGUUUGAAUUUUUACUUAAGAUUCUAGUUAUAUCUGAGCCAUGCUCUGUGAAAAGGCUAAUCAGGGACAGUUCUUUCCGCCUAAACUUGAUUUUUGCUAAGAUACUUUCUGUAAACAAAAAAUCUCACAAAAGCAGAAAGUAUUGUCCCUGAUUAGCCUGUCUGGGACUUCAUGCACAUUCAUUAAACCCUCUUUUCACAGAGCACAGCCCAUAUGAAUGUUUGUUUCCUACUUUGUUUGUUAUGUACUUAUUACUCGCAUGUUUCAAGUCUUGAACUCGCCUUCAUAUAAGCAAACCCAAAGGCUUACUAUAUGUAUGUACAAAACUGUAUGUGUGCAGGUUUAACAACAUAUAUAUGAAAAUUAAUGGACAAUACAUAAUUUUAUUUUAUGUCUGUUAAAUCUAAAAUGAAACUGUGUGUGCAAUACAAACACAGAUAUAUCCCAUCUUUAUGAUGGAAGGUUAUCACUGUUUGAUAACCUGUAUGUGCAAAACAGCUGUAUAUGAUGAACUUUCCUUACCAGAUAAAUUUGUUUCACAAUCAAGAAAUUUACUCUUACAUGUACAUCCACAGUUCCCUUCGGACCUUACUAGCCAGUUAAUCACAAGACAUUGCUAUAAUAGCCAUGCCUUUGUGAGCAGAAUUGCUUUAAAUACUACCAGUGCAGAGCUCUGUUUAAUAAGUAUAAAGGUACAUGUGAAAUUUAGAACAUCAUGUGUUGUGUAGCCUUAAAUUCACAUGAUCUCCAACACAUGUUGUUUUUGGUGCUUGAAAAAUUAAGUCAUUUAUGCAGAAAUGUAACUCGAAUAGAUCAUUAUUGUACAGUAGUGAUUUAUUGUUAUCUUCUUCCAAAUAAAUGUGAUACAUGGGAAA